UGAGUUCCCCUAUCUGUCAGAGCCAGUUCCUCCAUUUAAGAUGCUGACUUGUUUAUGUUGAAGGGGGCAAGAGAAUGACUUUUGUUCUCUACUUUGGAGCUUGUUACAGCGCUUUUCUCCGCUUUUCAUGAGAGCAUGGAGUGUGUUCUGUUGCUGAUUUGUGGUAGAUAGAUACCUUCAGAUAGCAGAGAGGGAGGUUGACUGGCACACAGAGUGGAUUUUAAGCAGCAGGCGGGAAGUUUGGUCUAGCCCAUGACUGGUGGGUGGGGAGCUCUUCGUCCUGUGCCCGCUCUUGCUGUCCUGAACACAUCAUAAGAGGACACAGAGGAGGAGGAGAAGGAGGAGGAGGAGCGGGGUCAUCCAUGGAGCUGUAGGGGACGCGCUCAGAUGCCCGUGCGGAUCCCCAGAGGAGGAGGAGUGCUGCUGAGGAGAAGAGCUCUGCGAUGAACAAGACCAAGAGGAAGCCCCAUGGAGAGAGCAGGAAGCUGGUCCAGCGCAGGAGGAACACAUGUCCCAGUCCCCAGGACAUCACGCGGGCCCUGCAAGGCCCCAGCUCGGCCCCCAGCCCCGGCGCUGCCAGCCUGGAUGAGCUCAUCCAGCGCUGCCUGAACUGCUUCGAUCCAGAAGGGAAACUCUCCAGCCCCAGAGGGUCCCAGCUGGUCAACAUGACUCUGAUGAUGCACUGUUGGGUGGUGCCAUCUCAGAUGUUCGCCCAGAAACUUCUCACUCUUUAUAAGGAUUGUCCCUCGGAUAAGAGGGGCCUGAAGCGGACUCAGAUCUGCCACCUUAUCAGGCAGUGGAUCAGCCAGUUCCCAGCGGUAUUUGAGGCAGACCCCCUCCUGGAGCAGACCAUGGGGGACCUGUGGGCGCUGGUGCGGUCGGAUGGAGGGGUGACACACUCGCAACUCAUCGACAACUCCUGCUUAGGCCCUCAUGCGAACAUGUUCCAUGCACCUUCGCCCUCUGUGAAGAAGAGGAAGGUGUCUCUGAUCUUCGACCACAUGGAGCCACAUGAGAUGGCGGAACACAUCAGCUACCUGGAGUUUAAGAACUUCUGCAACGUCUCAUUCAUGGACUACCGCAGCUACGUGGUGCGCGGCUCGGUGAGGGACAACCCGGCUCUGGAACGCUCCGUCAUGAUGUGUAACGGGGUCUCCCAGUGGGUGCAGCUGAUGAUCCUCAGCAGACACACGGCCCAGCAGAGAGCCCAGGUCUUCACUAAGUUCAUCCACGUGGCUCAGAGACUUCGAGCUCUGCAAAACUUUAACACUCUAAUGGCAGUAACCGGGGGCCUCUGUCACAGCUCCAUCUCCCGCCUCAAAGACACCUCCAACCUGCUGACCCCCGACAUCACUAAGGCCCUGAGUGAGAUGACGGAGCUCCUCUCCUCACGCAGCAACUACAUCAACUACCGGCGGCUUUACAAUGAGUGCAGCGGCUUCAAGGUGCCUAUCCUGGGCGUCCACCUGAAGGACCUGAUCUCGCUGAACGAGGCACUGCCGGACUACAUCGACGAGGACAAGAUCAACCUGAGCAAACUGCAGCACCUGUACAGCAACAUCAGCGACCUGGUGGCCAUCCACAGCUGCACGCCGCCUUUCGAGGCCAACAAAGACCUUCUGCAUCUCCUCACGCUCUCUCUAGAUUUAUAUUACACCGAAGAUGAGAUAUAUGAACUUUCGUACAACAAGGAACCCAGAAACACCAAGAUCCAGCCCCUCGCUCCGGUGAAAGCGCCAGUCGUGGCCGAGUGGGGGUCAGGGGUCACCCCCAGGCUCAACCCUGACACCAUAUCUAAACACGUCAAACAGAUGGUGGAUUCCAUCAUGAAAAACUACGACCAGAACCAGGAUGGAUACAUCUCGCUGGAGGACUUUGAGAAAAUAGCAGCCAACUUCCCCUUCUCCUUCUGCACUCAUGAAACUGACAGGGAGGGAGAAAUCAGCCGUGAAGAAAUCACCUCUUACUUCAUGAGGGGAAUGUCGAUAUGUGCCAAGCUUGGCUACAGCUUCAACACGCAUAACUUCCACGAAACCACGUACAAACGGCCAACGUUUUGCGAGACUUGUGGAGGCUUUUUGUGGGGAGUCAUCAAACAGGGGUACCACUGUAAAGACUGUGGGAUAAACUGCCACAGACACUGUAGAGAUCUGGUGGGAAUCGAGUGCUUAAAGAAACAUAAAAACACCACCGGGUCGUGCCCGUGCACCCCAGCUCCCGACUCAAGAAUCAAGGGUAACACCUGGACAGAUAUAGAAGAGGAGGCCUUUGUCUUCCCCCAAAGUAACGACACAGAAAACAACCAGGGCACCACUCUUCGGAAAAGAAACAGCAUUGAUUCGACGCAGUGGGACCGAUCAACUCAGACGGACCCUGGAGUUUGGACGCCUGAGAAAAAGGACAGAAGAGGAUUCCACCAAAACUCGCUUGUUCAUGCUUCCCCGGAGAGAAAAAUGAGACAGGACAUGAGUCCCUGCAAGGUGAACACACAGAGAACCCGGGGGUGCUCCAUGCCCGUUUCCUUCUUGCAGGAGAAGAUGGAGGAGAUGCAUCUCUACAAAGACAAGAGCAGAGAGCCAGACUGAGCGCUCAGCCUCCAGGAACAUUUCACACUCAUGGACAAAAAAAACACUCCAGACACAUCGCCUUUCUGACCAAGCUGUCUGAUGGUGUUGAACUGAUGAGAUUCACCGGCCGUUGGCAUCGGAAUACCAGCAGUCAUAUGAAUGGACUCCGUCAAAUAUGGUUGUUUUAUUUGUGUCCGUCUUGUUAGUUUUGCUUUCUGAUCAUCUAACUGUAUUUCAUACACACCUCAUUUUGUUUUCAGAACAGGUGCCUUCCUUCACUGGUGCUAAGACUCCAUAAGGCCACUUGUGACAACAGCCAUAAGGGUCCUAUUUACACAAAAUAUACGCAGGGUAGGAAAUGAACACUAAGCUUUACAUUUGGCAACUAUACUACAACUCUGCUCAUGAAUUUGGGAAGUAAAUCAGCCAAAAAUGAACAUUUCUGUUUGUUUGGCCUAGGAUUGGUUGAUUUGAAGGUAUAUGCAUGAGGAAUAUAUACGCUAUCCUGUGUGUGAGGUAUCUAUUUCUUUAAACACUUCCUGGAAACCAAACCAAGAAACUAACCAGAUAGAAACAUCAAGAUCAUAUGCGUAAAAUCCAGUGGAUCAGGCUUGUUUGCCAUAUAAAGAUAUAAGUAAAUGACUCGUGUCGCGACCACGUCAGGUAAUAACUCCAGUGGGAAUGCUCCAAACAGCUUCCCACUUCACUAUUGUUAACCGUCCAGCCCUUAGCAGCUCUACGCCACACCUGAGGCAUCAUCAUAUGCCGUUUCCAUGGCGACAAAUUACUAGCCUGAAACGCAACAUAGCCUGUUAACUCCAAUGGACAUGGUGCAUUCACCACCAAACUUCACAUUUCUUAAACUUGCACACGCCCAAGUCUUUAAGGUGGAAAAAUGAAUAAAUUAUUAUAAAAUGGAAAAACCAAUAGAGGUGUCAGGAUUAUUGAAAACAAUCCUAACGUUUGAAUAAAAAAACUGCAGAAGUUACUAUUCGUUUUGUGGUUACAUUUUCAGGAAGAGUUGAUCAAAUUGUUUAAUUGCUACCGGAAUGGAAAACGGUGUAUGCUAUGAAAGACUUUGUCCUAAUCGCCAACACUUAGCCUGGUUAGCAAGAAGGGAAAGGAACUUCUGAAGACUCGGCUGUACCGCACUGAAACUAGCAGCGGAAAGCAUUUAUUUCCUGCCCUGAUUUCAACAGUUCAUUCAAGGUUCAGCAGGAUUGCACUGGGACUAUGUGUGAGCUGCAAAAGGUGCAAAUGACUUAACUAAAUGCUUUCCGUCUGUCCUUUGUCCACAAUGUCAUCUUGUUUAAAAUAAGAAAGAUACACCAACAGUGA